CUAAUUCGUUCGCGCCCAACUGGCCCCCCGAAAGAGCAGGGAGCGUGUGCCGUCAGAGCCCUCAAGGAGUCAGAGCAGUCUCGAUAAGCUUGUUGGAUCCGCUUUUGGCCUCUCUUCACAGCAUUGACUUGUGGGCGCUCGCGCCAUCGUCCAACAUGCCACCGUUGAGCCGCCUGACAAGCUCCAAGCCUGUUCUCACCAAUAGUCAGUGACCCUGCGGCACAAUGUAUCCACGUUUCAGGAACCGGGUCUUUUACUAACAAGUAUUGCGAACAAGCACAUGGGCGAGGUGCAGAGGCAGCCCGGUGUCAGGCCUGACCUAGCAACGAUGCUCGAUGGAUGCUUCUAGACAGCUCCCCGAUCUUUGAGCGCUGACGCUGCCUGGCGGCUUUGAAUGCGCCACACACGCGUCCCUACAUAUAUCGAGCAAAUCCCACUCACCAUCUCCAUCUCUCUUCCCCCGGGAGAAAGCUCAGCGAGCCUCCUUGCUCGUCUGAUAAUCGCCAAGAUGACAUCCUACGCUUGGUCUGCCCCAUUGCCGAGAACCGUACUCGUCGAUACCUUGCAGGGUAUCGACACGAUGAUGAAGAUACUCAACUCGACGUCGUGCAUAUCGCGACUAUCGACCAAGGGGGUCGAUUGCAGCAGGAAGGGCGUGCUGUCCAUCUUGAUCAUCUGGACUGUGCCACCAGAAGAGGAGGAUCAGGGCGACUGCUUCAUCAUUGACAUUCUUCGGCUGGGCCCAAGCGCUUUCGGCAACUCCGACAGCACCACAGGCCUACGCAGCUGGCUCGGAGACGGACAGCGUCAGAAGAUGGUGUUCGACACGCGAAAUCUCGCAGACGCCCUGCUAUGGCACUUCGGCGUGCCCCUACGUGGCAUUCAAGAUCUGCAACUCUGGCAAUUAGCAACCAUGCAUCCUUCCAAACGCGCUUACAAUCCUGGUCUGAUGCUGUCGAUCACGAGGUGCCCGGCUUUGUCCCAACGCAGCCGUCUUCUCUUUGGUCAACUGGCCAGCGAAUUCCGGGCAGAAUAUCUUGGCACGCCCUCCACAGCAGCGCAGUACAGUACUAUGACAAGGCCGAUUGAUGACCACCUCACAUUAUUCUGCAUCUACGACAUCUUCUUCUUCCCGGAUCUGUUUGCAUUUCAGCAGAGUCGAUGCGGAGGACUAUGGCAGGAACGAAUUGCUGACGCCACAGCAUCGCGCCUAGGCCUCAUCGAAAGCCACGAUUAUCAGCCAUACGCCCCUGAAAGGCGCAUCUCCCCUUUUUGUGAGCCUCAAAAACCGCCUCAGUCUCCUCACAGUGCGUUCGUCACUCCGCCGGGCUUGCACAGAUGGAGCGUCACAAGCCCAUCCACAGAUUCUGAUGCCAGCAGCUUUUGGUCAGCGCCGAUGUCAACCGCCUCCUCCGAGACCGAAGUUGAAGAGCCGAGCUACACUCCGCCAUCCAAGAGCGCAGAGUACCGAGCAUAGCAACGGUCUAUACCCCCUUAUGCCGGAAAACACAAGCUUGUCUUUGCCUUGCUAACUGUUUGCUGAACGAAACGAAUCGCCCAGUAUUCGACCAUCCGCUCAUCAGCCGUUCGACUUCGGGGAUCGAGCGAAGCGACUUCGACUUAUGGCCAUGGCGAUGUAAUGCAGCACAAUUUGUUCUCGAUAACACCGCUCUCGCAGAGGCGCAAGCGCAAGGCCAUAAAAAGUGAGCUUGAUGGCUCGAAGGGAGGCUGAUCUGACCAUGAAAAAAGGAGCUUGUCAAGCAGGA